AUGUCGGAGGUAGCACCGAACAACCAACGAAAUGCUGCGCGACCGAAGCCAGACGCGAGGGCCCCUCCCGUCUGCCCGACCGACGACGACGAGACGGUAGCCGUUAGGAAGCAGACGCGGACGUUCGACUAUAUCUGGCGAUCUGGUGUCGCGGGAGGCCUGGCAGGAUGUGCUGCAAAGACGGUUGUCGCACCCCUUGACCGAGUCAAGAUCCUGUUCCAGGCGAGCAGUCCGCAAUUCGCAAAAUACACGGGGUCAUGGUUCGGUGUCGUGACGGCAAUGAAGGAUAUCCGCUCCCACGAAGGCUUCACGGGGUUGUACAGAGGACACUCGGCCACUCUCCUCCGCAUCUUCCCCUACGCCGGAAUCAAGUUUCUUGCCUACGAGCAGAUCCGCUCCAUGAUUAUCCGGAGGCAAGACCAAGAGACGCCCUGGCGCCGGCUUAUCAGCGGCUCCCUGGCGGGCAUUACAUCCGUAUUUUUCACAUAUCCCUUGGAGGUGAUUCGGGUCCGGUUAGCGUUUGAGACAAAACACGGCGGUUCUUCGUUAUCCGCGAUUUGCCGGCGGAUCUACAACGAGCGUUUUGUGCGGACGUCCCCCGCCUCGCAAGCGGCCGGCACCUCGGCAACUGAGGCGGCCGCCUCCGCCGUCACCGCCGUUGCCCCGCGCUCGGGUCUGAUCAACUUUUACAGAGGCUUCACACCGACCAUGCUGGGCAUGCUCCCCUACGCCGGCAUGUCCUUUUUGACGCACGACACGGCCGGCGACGUUCUCCGCCACCCCAAGCUCGCCAAAUGGACAACGCUUCCGCGGCCCGAGAACUUGCCUGCGGGCAAGCCCACGCCGCUGCGAUCCUGGGCCGAACUACUCGCCGGUGGUGUUGCCGGCCUCAUCUCCCAGACUGCGUCGUACCCCUUGGAGGUCAUUCGCCGGCGGAUGCAGGUCGGUGGCGCUGUAGGCGACGGUCACCGACUGCGCAUCAGCGAGACGGCCGCCAUGAUUUUCCGGGAGAGGGGUAUGCCGGGGUUCUUCGUGGGCUUGACUAUUGGCUACGUCAAGGUUGUGCCCAUGGCAGCGGUCGCCUUUUACACGUACGAGAGAUCCAAGAUCUGGCUGGGAAUUUAG